ACUGAUGUAUACGUAUUUGUGUAUUUGUGCCUUGUGGCUGUCAGAUAUGUCGGAUAUAGUGAACUAAUGCGUUGCACAGCAGCAAGUACAUUCCUCAGAUUAUUUGUUGGAAUGUGAAUUAUGCUGUGGAUUCGAACAUUUGUCCACCUCGUUGCACUUAUCUCCGUGACGAGAUGCAGCGACAUAACACCCGCCGUGUUCGGAAACGAGCUGGACGGCAUGCCGGCGGCGUUCGGCGACUUCAAUUCCGACGAGCUGACAGACGUGUUCAUGCUGCGCAAGGACGGCCGUACGGUGGAGAUAUUCCUAGCGGCUGAGCAGGAGCCCCUGUUGCGGCCCAAGCUGGGCUUGAAUUGCACGUUCAAGGAUCACGUAACCAGCGUGGUGCCGGGUGACUUCGACGGCGACGUCUUCAUGGACAUCCUGGUGACGACGUUCAACCGUGACAAGGAGCUCACUUACGUGCAUAUACUGUGGGGCGGUAACGGCCGUCUGAACUGCAGCGACGAAUGGAAUCCCCUUAUAGAGAUGCACGACCAGCCGUUGGCGUUGGACUACAAUCAGGAUAUGAUAAUCGACCUUUUCGGGGUCGACAAGGAUAACAGGAGGGUGUUCUGGGUGUUCAAUGAGAACAGGACCACUCCGCGUACCGUCGAGAUGCGAGACAAGGACGGUUCGGUGUCGCACGAGCCCGUGAGAAGUCCGCACUCCAACGCCUUUCUGGACUUGAACAGCGAUUUUUUGUCAGACCUCGUGGUGACCACGACGAAGUCCUUCGAGAUAUGGCUGGGCACCGAACAGGGAUUCGAGUUUUCCCACGAGAUCAAACUUCCGUACAAUAUAUCGAUCGACAAACACUUCAAGGGGGAAAUCGGACAGACUCUCUAUCUGGACGUCGAGCUGACCGGCAAGAUGGCCCUCCUCCUGCCGCUGUGCUUCGACGAGGCCUGCAGCAAUUGCACGAUAAUGAUGUACCUGAAUGGCUGGCACAAUUUGCGAGUGAACUUCCGCGACCCCAACAACGUCUUGUGGGGCUUCGUGAAGCCGAACGGCCAUCGUUACACGGAGACCAUCACCCUGCGCGGCGGUGACUUCAACAUGGACGGCUAUCCGGAUUUGCUGGCGACUCUGCAGUCGACAAAACAGGCGCAGUCGUUUCUGCUGCAAAAUGUGGCGUGCAACAACAACUGCGCCGGCUUCAAUCGCACCUUCGACGUCAAAUGGCAGGCACUGAAUCCGUUCUACAACGAGACCGCGAUGGCGGUGUUUUACGACUUUUAUCAGGACGGCAUCCUGGACGUGAUCCUGGUCGAGUUCGACAAGGCGAGCAGCAUCUAUCGCACCGCGGCGUUCAAGAACAGCUUGGACUACGACGCGAAUUUCGUCAAGGUGAUGGUGCUCACCGGACGCACCAACAGCAUGUAUCCCAUCUCGCCGGGUUCGCUCGGUAAGAAGAAGAGAACCUACGGCACCAAUCUGCCGGGGCCGUCGAUCGCGUACAGAACCACCACGCAGGAUGGUAGUCCUCGCAACGCGAUCGCAGCGCAGUUACCCCAGAGUGCACAUUUCUCGCUUAAUUUGCCGUACACCACCUUCGGUCUCGGAAGAACGCCCAAUUUUGUGGACGCUCUCACGAUAGGGGUUGGCGGCAAGUCGCGAGAAUGGCCGCAGAUUAUUCCUAAUUCGCAGAUGGUCGUGAUACCAAAUCCGAUUGCCGAACCAUCGAGAUGGAAGGCUCAACUAUUUGUUACGCCCAGCAAGUUAAUCUUACUGAGCGCGGCCGCCUUAUCCGGCACCUGCGUUUUAAUAACGUCUUUGAUUCUCGGUUUGUAUUGGAAGGAGAGGAGAGAGGACAAAAUCGAGAGGCUCCAAGAAGCGCACAGAUUUCAUUUCGACGCGAUGUAGAAAAGUGAAUACAAUAGGGGGGAAAAGGCGGGAUAUAAGAUUAAUAAUUAAGGCUUAUUUAAGAUAUCAGUUUAUUGAUAGAAUAAUUUAAUAAUAAAUAAAUCGCGCUUAUAUAAUA